GAAGUUGGUGGGCGGAGUGGAUAUGGCUUUCUAGCUACGUACACUUCUGAGGUUUACCCAUAAGUUAUGAAAACCUUAUGCCUUUUCUCUUAUAAAUAUGGGACUCUCCACUCCAUUUCUAACCUUCCACCAACCUCAAACCCUAACUUGGGGACGCUUGAAUCGGAGCAAAUAGCCUUAUUUCAAUUCGGUAUGGAGAAUGGAAAAGUUCCAUUACUACCUCUAGCCCUAGAUCUCGGUACGAGCAGCUCAAUCCACCCGUCGGCCAUUAACUCCCUGCAAAUCCCUUCAUUAUUGCUUCCUCCUAACCUAUUACAAGAGUACUGUCAGCUGUCCAAUUUGGAUGUGGAAUGGGUCAAUAAUUUUCUUUUCGGUUCCAUGACGAAGUUCGGUAUCAACAAUGACUCUCAGAAGCCUACUUCACCAGCGCCUGCAGAUAAUGCGUCCUUAACCUCUAUGGUUGGUGCUAAUAAUGUUGUUGGUCGUGAAGGAAACAAUACUAACGAUGGAUCCUUGGGAGCAGCCGGGUCGAGAGUUACUGAUAACAGGAAAGUGACCGGAAGGUCGAAGAAAUCGGUUCCACAGAGGGUUGCUUUCCAUACUCGGAGUGCCGAUGAUGUUCUUGAUGAUGGGUACCGGUGGCGGAAGUACGGGCAAAAAGCUGUGAAGAACAGUAGUCACCCCAGGAGCUAUUAUCGAUGCACGCACCAUACAUGCAAUGUGAAGAAACAGAUCCAGCGACUUGCAACGGACUCGGGCAUCGUCGUGACGACAUAUGAAGGGAAGCACAACCAUCCGAGUGAGAAGCUCAUGGAGACCUUGGCUCCUCUGCUGAAGCAACUGCAGUUGCUCACCAGAUUCUAGCAGAAUGAAUUUGCUUCCUCCCAGUCGUCAAAACCAUGCAAUUGUUGGAGUACAACCACAAUCAACGACACAUGUAUUUGCAGUGCAGAAUGACAAAUAAAAACCCUUUUUAAAGCCGUACAAGAUAGUAACGCAACAGGAGCGUGACAUAUGAACAAAUUAUGUAUAUUAGACCACGUCAUGCAUAGUGCGGUGGUACGUUUAUCUUUUUUCUUAAUUAAAAAUGUAAAUACUCAUUCACUUGUUUUCGUUUUAAAAUUUAUUUUCUAUUUGUUA